AGGUAAAAGGUUCUUCAUGGAUCAACACCUAAGAAAGAGGUAUUGAAGAAGAAGAGAAUGCUAGUUUCGUCCACUCUGUUUAUCAAACAGGCAUAAAUAAUCUAUAUAAGUGUUUGUUUCUUGAUUUUUUGUCCACAUAUGGUUAGUAACACAAAUUCACCCAAAAAAAUGGUUUACCUUAAGUCCUUAACAAUAAUAAGUCGCAUUAUAUAUUGUUCUUCUUAAAUUCAAUAUUUUUUUACUGCCGUCUACCUAAAAAACUCAAUAAUAUUAACUUUAUUUUUAAUCUGAAUUUGUGAUACAAUUUGUUAGAAGAGAAAUUUUGCGCCAACUUUUUGGGUUGAUUUAGGAUGUGAUUUGGUUAGGGUUUUAAAUUAACCAACGCUGUAAAACCCUUAUAUAAACCCUUAAAACCUUAAAAACCCUAAAACCUCAAAAAUCUUCAUAGAAGAACCAAAGAAGAGAGAAUCAAUCAAUCACCAUGGCUUUGGCUUGGUGCGUUGUACGCAGGUCAGGAUCUAAGUUUGCUUCUGUGUGUGGUGGUCAAGUCCGAUCUAUCUCCACCGUUGUGAACCGUCCGUCUCUAGCUCUCCUCAAGCCGUCACCGCUGCGUCCCUUCGUCUCCCGUGGCUUUCAUAACUCGACGGUUGUUGAUGAUCAUCAGCUGAGCUCCGAGCAAACGCUUCUCUGCGAGAUUGACUCCGAGAUCAAGUCUGCUUUCCAAGUCAAUGAUGUCGAUAGUGACGAAGACACGGCUCCAGAAAGCUUACCUUUCAGAAUUGAUGAUGAUGGAGGUGAGACUGUGACAUUGACUAGAGACUACGAAGGGGAACAUAUUAAAGUUGUAGUAGGCAUGCCUAGAACGUAUACAACUGGUGAUCCUAAUCAUGGAGAUGAUCAUGAGGAAUUAAAAAUUCCACUUAUUGUGAAUGUUACCAAGAAGAGCGGACUUAGCCUCGAGUUUCGCUGCGCGGUUUCUGAAGAUGAUAUCGACAUAGAUGGUGUGUUUGUGAAUCAUUCAGGGGAUUCUUCGAAGGAUCAACUGGCGAAUGAAGUGUCUGAUUUCAAAAAUGUGAAUUAUGAUCUGGAGAUGGCGUUCUACAAGUAUCUGGACACCAGAUUGGAAAAAAGCACACUGGAUUUCUUGUAUGAGUACAUGACGGAAAAUCGACAGUACGUGUUAUGGUUGAAGGAUGUUGAGAAGUUUUUGGAAGAAUGAAAAAGUAUGUUCGAUACUUGAGAGAAUCAGAAACUUUCAAAUGUGUUUUAGCAUUUUGCACAAUGUUUUGAGAAUUAAUUAGUAAUGACUUUCAAGUUCAGAUGAGUUUGGUAUUCACUUUUAUUUUUUGCCCCACAUAUGGCUUAGUACACAAAUUCACACACAC